CAGCCGAUGUUGGUUUAAAAACGCGGAGCUCGAACAAUGCUAAUCUGCCUGCUUCGCGAUCGUAACAUCUUCACUGACCACCGAGCGAGGCCUUUCGGAUCUUACUUGAGCAGCGGGACGUUCCCAUUGUGGGAAUGGCUCCGAUUUGUGGCCAACUGCGUGGAUUUAGAGAGUGAAAAUUGUGACGCAGAUUUUCAGCUCAAUUCCCACUUGACGACACUGGCCAGCAUCCAUAAGAUUCAUCACACGUUGCACAGGCUGAACAUAACAGAGGACGUUGGACAGGAGAGCCCCACAUCAGCUUGUUGCUCCAGAGCCAUGCCUCCGAGGAAAAAGAGGAGACCCACUGCUGGAGAUGACAUGUCAGCCAAAAAGAGUCGCCAGGACAGGGUCAAACUGUCGCCAUCUGUUUUCAGAAAAAACGACUCGCCGCUAAUCCGCGAGGAGGAGACGUUCUCCAACAAAAGAUGUUUGGAGUGGUUCUACGAGUACGCAGGCUGCGAUGACGUGGUGGGACCGGAGGGCAUGGAGAAGUUCUGUGAGGACAUUGGAGUGGAACCAGAAAAUGUGGUAAUGCUGGUGCUGGCGUGGAAGCUGGACGCUCAGAGUAUGGGGUACUUCACCCUGCAGGAGUGGCUGAGAGGCAUGAGCAUGCUGCACUGCGACUCCACUGAGAGGCUGAGGAACUCGUUGGACUACCUACGGUCUGUCCUUAACGACGGCACCAGCUUCAAGCUCAUUUAUAGAUAUGCUUUUGACUUUGCCAGAGAAAAAGACCAGAGGAGUUUGGACUUGAACACGGCCAAGUGCAUGCUGGGGCUUCUGCUAGGGAAGACGUGGCCCCUCUUUCCUGUCUUUAAUCAGUUUCUAGAGCAAUCCAAGUACAAAGUCAUCAACAAAGACCAAUGGUGCAACGUCUUAGAGUUCAGCCGGACAAUCAACUUGGACCUUAGUAACUACGACGAGGAUGGUGCAUGGCCUGUGUUGCUGGACGAGUUUGUGGAAUGGUACAAGGAAAGACAGAUGUCAUAGCUGAAAAAGGAAAAUGGCAACUAAUAAACAACAACAACAAAAUACUGUGACGACCCCGACGACGAGAAUCAGCAAUUAAACAAAACAAACGGUAACGCCGCCACAGGGUUAGGGGGGGAGGGUCCUUAUGAGGGAGGAAGCGGGCUGAUGAUCACUAAAUCCCGCCCCCCUUCUUGAAGUCGCGACUCUCACUGGGAUGCGGCGUUUUGGAAAUAGCGGGGGAAAGUAUUGCUGAGCGCCUUCUCCCGCUGCUUCGCAUCAACAGAAGUCCACUUUGACCCGAGCACAUUUAGACGAUAACAAACUUAAGCUGUGCUGCGAGUUGCCUGUGCAAAAAGAAGCACUCUGUGCUUUCCUAAGGCAGGUCGCUGUUUACUUGUGCCAGUCUUUUUUUUUUUUUUUUUUUUCCUCCUUCUUUUGUCUUCUCACACCAAACAAAACCGCAUUGCUGCUAAUUCCAGUCAAGCCCCCCCCUGCCCGCCGCACCUUCUCAGCAUUUUACCGGUUCGUGGCGACCGAUCGAUGUUAGCGUGUGACUGUGCCUGAAAACAUUUGGACGUGUAUGUACGAAUAUCUGGGAGCAAAGAGGGGGGGGGGGGGCUCAUGUUGACCCCAGCCCGUGUGGGCUGCCCAAUGAGCUACUUCCUGUUGUCCAUUUUGUCUGGUCUUCCUUAGUCCGCCGAUAGUUUCUUCAGGUUUCCUCCAAUGAGUAGCAUCCUUCCCGACGCUGACAGUGUUCAAAGGUAAGAACGCGCGCGCUAACUGUAGUUGUCACAGCGCUACGUUCUUGUAUAGAUUUUCUGUCCUUGGCUGUGGUGUGACGCUGAAUCGUCCAAAAGAUUUGAAUAUUUGCAUGCAGCUCCGACAGAGCCCCUUUUUUUUGUUGUUGUUGUUGAUGAUGUACAGGAAAUGUUUUGUGCUUAGAUUUGAUAUUCACGAUCAUGUUACCUUUUUUUUUCUUUUUUCUUCCUGAUGGAACUCAUGAUUGUGUUUAUUGAGACCUGGAAAAGAAACACACACAUGUAACCUCACGGUGGAACAGGCGUUCACUCCUGCAUUGGUCAACAAAGCGAGGCGUUGUAUGUACUCCUCACCCCCUUUUUUUUUUUUUUAUUUAUUGCCAGUGCGUCUGUCGACUUGCACUCGUACAUGUCACCCCUGCUUUGUAUAUUGAAUGACACAAGGUUUGUGUAUAGAUUUCAUGUCUUUCAGUAUUCUCUCAUGACAAUGCAGGAUGAUGAACACGCUUGUCCCGACUGUAUAUAUGUAUGUAAACUAAGUGUCUAUAUGUCGGUUUUCACUAUAACCUAUGUCUAUAUACUUAAAUAAAAAAGGUUUAUUAACUUA